AUGCAACCAGUGAAAGAAUCAGAGCGAGAAAAGCAUUCAAGUGGAUCAAAUAAUAAUAAUGGUAUCAAUAAUACCCACAAUAAUUAUUGGACAAAAAGUCAGAAAAAAUUAAUUGAUAAAUAUCAGAAUCAAAUGAAUUAUAGACUUAUUCCAUUAAUCCCAACACCCGAACAGUCAACUGUUAAGAUGCCAUUGAUAACUUGUCCAGAUGUAUUAUCAGAUAUAGAAGCCAGAGUAAGCAUACCAUUUUUAGAUAUAAAGCCAAAACCAUCAACUUUGAGAUCAUAUCCUGAGAAUCCAUGGUCAAUAACUUCAAAUUGGAAAUUAAAAUCUGCCUCAGAAAAGUAUAGAAUGCCUGUUAAAGUGUUUCCAUUUAUGUUUUUUAAAGAGAGAUCAAACCCUUUAAAUUUAAACAAUCUUCAUGAUCAUUUCUAUAGUUCAUUUUUUUAUUUUAGACCAGCUAUAAACAAAUCAAUUAAAUCAGACUCAGAUUUAAGACAAUAUUUGAUUGAUUCUUUGACAAAUAUCCUACUUGAUUAUUAUGUGAAAAAGGACGCAUUGGAAACUUCAAAUAAAACCCCAAAUAUACCAGCCGUUAAUGCUGAUCAUGACCCAGAUCAUCAUAGUUAUUAUAAAUUCAGAGAAAGUGAAGAACCUAUACUCUCCCAUAAAAGAUUUUUGAAAGAUUAUCAGCAAAAAGUGAAAUUAUGUUUAGCAUAUAGACCCAAUAGUCAACCAUUGGUGCCUUUGUUGGAAAAUUUGAUCAACGUAUUAACAUUUGGUGGAGAGUUAAAAGAAGUUGAUGGAUUUAUUAAUUUUUUUGAAAGUGAAACUCAUACAGCCAUAUCUAUAACGAGAAAACAAAUCACAGAUGAAAAGGAUAAUAUAGAUAACAUGAAUUUAAAGCAUUCAAAAUUUCUCAAUGAAAAAAUUCUUUAUUUGUCUAAUAGUACAAUCAAAUUUGGUGUUGAACACAUUUAUUCAAAAGCACAUAUCAAUUUCAUUCCUGGUAUAUCAACUUAUGAUUUAGUUGAUCCUCCACCACCGUCUUAUCAAGAAUCAUUGCAUUUCGAUGAACAAAAUUUUUUAAAUGAUGAUAAUAUUGAAGACACUGACGCAUAUUAUAACGUUAAAAAUACGUGA